CGAAUGAUGCGAGAGAGUGUUUCAGUCAUGUUCUUCUCUUCUGGAUUGAUCACUGUUGCUCACACACCCACGUUCGGUUCGUUCUUGCAUUUGAGCUGAAUCUGUUCAAGUUCCGAUUUUUGAAGCACGCUCGGUUUGCUGCAUUGCUUCUUUCUAGUUCUUUGGUCUGUUUGGACGUUUUACCUUGGUGGGGUCUUGGUUAUAUUUAGCCGGGACAUGUUGAGACAGUUGCGAUCGGGAAACACGAGUUCAUUGGUCUGAACACGAGCAAGUUGUUCGAACCCGAGUUUCGACGAAUGCUAUAUUUGGCAAGCGACUCAGGCACCCAUUUUGGUUCUCUGGACAGAAGACGGUGAUUCUCUCUCUCUCUUCUCUCUUUCUUUGAGCAGCGCAAAGAUGGAGAUGUAAGCUGUUGCUGAUUCGAGAAUCUGAUAUUUGUCCUUUUUUUUUUCCUGCUUUUUUCUUUUUGAAAUUUUGGGUUUUCGGGUUCGAGGCGGUUGAGUUUUUCCCUUCUUGAAUCUCGUAACCCAAAUUGCCUGAAAGCCUUUUCAAAAUUCGGAUGCAUCGGAAUUGAUGUUCACGUAAUCUUCGAAUCAAUGUUUGCAUACAUUUUGCCUUGACAUAUUGCAGAUUCUCUUCUUCUCUCGUCUCUUUAUCAACUUUGUCCUCGUCCUGUUAGAAGCUGGAGGAGCAUCUCCCUUGAUCUGCCUGCAAUCUCAGGUAUCAAAUCCUUGGCACCCUGCGUUUGAGUAUUGAAAGUGUCGCUGUCUGAUGUGAACAUCUUUCCAGUGGGUGGUUCUAACAUGGUAGAUGAGGUCAAUCUUCUUCAGGAAGUUGAUCACACUACUUUGAAAAUUUGAAAUGGUGCUCUGCGAGUAAGCACUGACAAUCUGCUUAAUUUCUGCUGUACCAUGUUCAUGAACCGUAUUAUAUAAAACGUGCAUGGCUUGCCGAAACUUGAUUUAGUUGCCGCAGAUGAGGUUCUUAGAAGUACAAUGGUAUGGCAGAUAAGUGCUAGAUUGUAGCAGAUAAGUGCUAGAUUGUAGCAUAGUACUUUUUGGUAUAUCGUUCAGUAAAAAAGGCCAAGUCUGCUUAGCCCUUGCGUCUUUCAGUAUUUGUCUUGUGCCCAAUAAGACAAGACAAUUGUCUGUCACAUCUUCUUGUUAUACCUCCAUUUUCUCUAAGACGUCUCGAUGUGUUUUGAUUACAAACAUCCCUUGUUACUCUCCAAUCAUUUGUUCUCUUUCCAGAUCUUGGACAUGGAUGCUCACAUUCACUUAUGAGGUGUCUGUUUUACGACGGAGAAUGAGGUAGGAGAUUCCUUAUACAGCGGAAGGGGACGCAAGAGAAGAUACUUAGUGAAGAGGGGGUUCUUGCAAAUGGUUUCAAGAGAAGAAAUUAGCGAUGUCACAGACAAGAAAAAUAGUGUAUGGUUUUUGGAUCAAAAGAUUGAUAAUCCAAUGGAUCUGGAGGCUGCGAAGCUGCGGACCACAGAGAGAGAGAAGAAAAUUUCCACAUUACUGCUGCUACGGCUUGCCUUCCAGAGCCUCGGUGUGGUCUUCGGAGAUUUGGGCACUUCUCCCUUGUACGUUUUCUACAAUACCUUUCCUCGUGGCGUUAGCGAUCCAGAGGACGUUAUCGGAGCUUUAUCAGUGAUAAUAUAUUCCCUAACACUCAUACCGCUCAUUAAGUACAUUUUCAUCGUUUCAAGAGCCAAUGACUGUGGCCAAGGUGGAACAUUUGCUCUUUAUUCCUUACUUUGCCGUCAUGCGAAUAUCAAAACUAUUCCCAACCAAGAUCGGACCGACGAGGAGCUAACCACUUACAGUCGCUCUGUAUUCGAUGAACAUUCAUUUGCUGCAAAGACAAAGAGAUGGUUAGAGGGGCGACGGUGUCGAAAGAACAUCCUCCUCAUUCUAGUCAUUGUUGGUUCUUGCAUGGUAAUCGGAGAUGGGAUUCUCACUCCAGCUAUAUCAGAGGUUGUUGUGCUUGUUUCUGUCAUAAUUUUGGUAGGUUUAUUCAGCAUACAACACCAUGGUACAGACAGAAUCUCGUGGCUUUGUGCUCCAAUCGUGUUUCUUUGGUUUCUUCUGAUUGGUGGCAUCGGCAUCAUUAACAUUUGCAAGUACGACACCCAUGUUCUAAAAGCCUUCUCACCUAUUUACAUCUUUCGCUAUUUCAAGAAAGGAGGGAUCGAUGGCUGGACAUCUCUUGGAGGUAUAAUGCUCAGCAUAACAGGAACUGAGGCGGUUUUUGCCGAUCUGUCUCACUUUCCAGUGUCGGCCAUACAGAUCGCUUUUACUGUGGUCGUGUUUCCCUCCCUUCUUUUAGCUUAUUCUGGACAAGCGGCCUAUCUCAUUAAAAACCCUGAUCACGUGCUCGAUGUAUUCUACCGCUCAAUUCCAGAGAGCAUAUACUGGCCGGUCUUCCUCAUUGCAACAGCAGCCGCCAUCGUUGCAAGUCAGGCAACAAUAUCUGCCACAUUUUCAUUAAUCAAGCAGGCCCUCGCACUCAGCUGUUUCCCAAGAGUCAAAGUCGUUCAUACAUCCAGGAAGUUCCUUCAGCAGAUAUAUAUCCCAGAAAUCAAUUGGGUCCUAAUGAUUCUCUGCGUGGCUGUCACGGCGGGAUUUAAAAAUCAAACCCAAAUUGGAAAUGCUUCUGGUACAGCUGUGGCGGUAGUCAUGCUUGUGACGACAUUCCUCAUGAUACUAAUCAUGAUACUCGUGUGGCGGUGCCACUGGACUCUGGUGGUCAUCUUCACCGUGCCGUCAUUGAUUGUUGAAGGCACAUACUUUUCUGCCGUGCUGUUCAAAGUGAAUCAAGGAGGGUGGGUCCCGCUUGCGAUUGCGGCAGCCUUCUUUGUCAUCAUGUACGUCUGGCAUUACGGUUCGGUCAAGCGCUAUGAGUUUGAAAUGCACAGUAAAGUCUCGAUGGCAUAUAUUCUUGGAUUAGGCCCCAGUUUGGGUCUCGUCCGUGUCCCAGGCAUAGGGCUUGUGUACACUGAGCUAGCUAGGGGGGUGCCUCCUAUCUUCUCUCAUUUCAUCACCAAUUUGCCAGCAAUUCAUUCAGUCGUCAUUUUCGUCUGUGUGAAGUACCUUCCUGUAUAUACAGUCCCCGAAGAAGAAAGAUUCCUUGUACGGCGAAUCGGGCCGAAGAACUUCCACAUGUUUCGAUGCGUGGCGAGAUACGGCUAUAAAGACCUUCACAAGAAGGACGACGACUUUGAGGAGAAGCUCUUCGAAAGCCUCCACCUGUUUGUCCGGCUUGAGUAUUUAAUGGAAGAGUGUUCGGAAUCUGAGAUCAGCUUGUCUGGUCAGCAAACUCAACAGUCAAACUCCAAUGAGUGCCCCACAAAUGAUGACGACAACAAGAAUAGCCUCACACUCUCCUCCAUCGUGGAUCUAACAAUCUCUUCGGUGGGGUCAAUCGUGCCCGUCGAAUCUCCGGUGCAUAUCAGUGCGCGGGGCUCUGCAACUUCUAGUCGGGGGAAUCAUUGCCAGAAUGAGUUGAACGAGGUAGAAUUUUUGAAAAGCUGUAGGGCAGCCGGCAUCGUGCACAUCCUGGGGAACACGGUAGUCAAGGCUCGGCGGGGUUCGAACUUUUUGAAGGUGAUCAUCAUAGAUUACGUGUACCAAUUGCUUAGGAAGAUGUGCCGAGAGAACAGUGUGAUAUUCAAUGUCCCUCAUGAGAGUCUUUUGAAUGUUGGCCAGGUUUUCUAUGUAUGAUCUGUUCCUUAUCGUUCUUCUUUGUGCUGAGUGAAUCAUCCCGGUUGAAAUGCGUCAAGUCUGCAUGAUUAGCGAUACUGUUACUGAUCUUCUUAAUGACAGUUAGUUCCUCGCUAAUCAAGAUGUCGAGGAUUCGAUUA